AUGGAGUACCAGGCGGAGUAUAUUAUUAUACCAUGUAUCAACCUAACUCAGGAGCAGUUCCAGCAACUAUUGGCCAACAUAGGAAGUAGUCGGAAAGGCAGUAUGACGUCAUGCAAAGCUACUUAUAACGGUCGAAAGGAUAGGGAGACAGUGGAAGCCUUUCUUACGGCGGUGCAAGUUUUCAAGAAGCUUGAAAAUAUAACCGAUAGUGACGCACUAGCUGGUCUACCUUUAAUCCUGCGAGACGAGGCUGCAGUAUGGUGGCAAGGUUCCAAGAGCAUCGUUAUCACUUGGGCAAAAUUUGAAGAAGCACUAAGAAACACGUUCGCUCCCAAGAAACCCGUAUAUGAAAUUUAUUUGGAAGCUUGCGGAACCAAGCAAGGGCCAGGAGUCUCUACGGACGAUUUCGUCACAAAGAAGAGAAUGCUGUUCUCCGAACUUCCCAGCGAUGAAGUCCUUAAUCAGAAGCAGCAGCUUAACAUAACUUAUGGGCUGUUAAACCUUAAAAUUAGGGAGAAAGUCCCUAUAGAAGAAGUUAAGGACUUUGAUGACCUUCUAAAACAGGCACGCAGCGCUGAAGCUUUACUGAAAGAGAAAGCACUGGGGGAAGGGAAGAAAGAAAGCAGCGACAAAACUGCAGAGACCUUCAAAUCAGACAAUUCGGCCCCGUCGCGGGCGAAGAAAGCAUCUCGAUGUAAUUUCUGCAAGAAGCUAGGUCAUGUCAUAGAAGAGUGUAGAAAACGCAAAAAGACAACCCAACUAACAUUAGGCGCUAAAUUUAAGGGUUACAAGAGAUUUAUAUAA